UUACUCUCGUUACUAAAACUGAAAGAAACGAAAACAAAUGAACUUCCAGUCACGCUUUUUCAUUCAGCGUAAAUAAGCUUCGCACGUGUUCUCUUUGACUAUGUGCCUCACUGAAGCUGUAACGGUAAAAGAUAAAUAUAUGCGACAGACUUACCCGACAGAAACGACGGAACUUCGUCAAGGAACGAAGAUUACAAUUGAGUCAAUCGUGUUAUGUCAUGGCCAACUUGAAGACUACUCUUGAACUAAAGCAGGAACUAAAAAGCGAACCAAGUUGCAGUUGUCCACGCUCAUUCAAUCCGUGUGUACUAUGGUCUAAGCUCUGCAGCUGGUAUUUGCGUCUUUUUGAAAGCUUUUUCGGUUGGUUUGGUGAAGGGAUCGCCAAGAAUCCAUUGAUAACAAUCCAGAUAUGUAUCAUGUUCAUUAGUGUCUGUUCUGUGGGGUUUGUUUGGUUCCAAUCAGAAGGAAGAACUGUAAAACUGUAUAUACCUCAGGAAAGUAAAGCCCUAGAUGACUUGGAAACUGCUGAGAGAUACUUUCGAGUCAACUUUCGAGAUGAGAUCGUCCUAUUGGUAGCAAAGCGCAAUCAUCCCAAUGUUCUUUAUCCUGAGUGUCUGAGACAGGCUUUCCGUGCCCACAAGGCAGUUAUGAACCUGGAAUCCUAUGUCGACUUCUGUAUUACACUGUCGGGGAACAAAUCCAGAUCACCAGAAGACUGCGUGAUGACCAACCCACUAGAAUUUCUCCAAUUUAAUGAGAUUAACCUGAUCGGGAAAGACUUGACACAAGUUCAACUUGAACUAAACAAAGCUGCUAACGACACAAGCUUGGUCACUCGAAAUGGACGCCCCUUUUGGUUCAAUCUCGACGGAGUAUUUGGAAGUAUCACCCGAAAACAGGAGAUCAUAACUGGUGCGAAAGCAUUACAGAUGAUCUAUCCCAUUCGUGCUCCGUCUGAUGACGACGCAUACGAAGACGUGCUCAAGUGGGAGACGAAAUUUAUCGAAAAGAUGGCCUCGUUGGUGGACAAACUUUCUUGCUUUGAAGUCCAUUAUUCAAGCGAACGGAGCAUGGAUGACGCUAUUGAUGAAAGCACUGGGUCUGACGUCACACUGGUGUCAAUCACUUUCACUCUAAUGAUCUCCUUUGCUUGCAUCAUGCUGGGCAAGUUCUUCAAUCCGCUGACCGGUCAUUCCUUGCUUGCUAUCGCAGGAGUGUUUGCAGUGGCCCUAGGCAUUUUAGCAGGACUUGGACUGGGCAUGUGGUUCCGCGUGCCGUUUGUCAGUUUCGUAGGAAUCCUGCCGUUCCUUGUUCUUGGGAUCGGUAUCGACGAUAUGUUCAUUAUGGUAGAUGAGCUUGAUCGACAACCAAGUGACAUGUCAACGAUAAAAAAGAUUAAAGCAGUCACGAGGCACACAGGUACAACCGUUACAAUGACAACCGUGACGGAUUUGGUAGCAUUUGCUGUCAGCACAUCCACUUCGUUCCCAGCUGUAAGGUAUUUCUGCAUCUACGCCGCUCUCACCGUGACGUCAUCAUUCCUGAUGAUUGUCACCUUCUUUGUGGCCGUCAUGACCUACGACGUGAGGAGAAUUAAAUCUGGUCGCAGAGACAACUUUCCAUGCUGUUUGGCACCUCGGCCCAAAGAUGGAGAGCCAGCCUGGGACGAGCCCGUCGCACAGACGUCAAAUCGGGUCAUGAAGGCCUGGGGAAAAUUCUUGAUGUCUCGAGCAACAAAAUGCGUGGUUAUAAUUAUCUCGCUGGCCCUCCUUAAUGCUGGGAUUUACGGAGUCACCCAGGUGGACGAGGCAUUUGAUGAGAGAAUGCUCGCGAAAGAUGAUUCUUAUUACAAACAAUUUUUAAUGGCUCAGCAAAAUCACUUCGACCUUUCCAUGCCAGUGAGCAUCGUGGAGACUGGUGGGGUCGAUUACAAGAUGAGUUCCACCCAGGAGCAAAUCAAAGCACUGACAAACAUCGUCACAGAGAAUGAAUACUACGAAAAACGCUCGUUAUCCUGGAUGGACGAAUUCUCCCAUUACGCUGAGCAAACUAAUAAGAGUAUCACUGGGCCAAAUUUUUUGCCCGCUCUGAAGGAAUUCCUUCGCAUUCCAGCCUUUUCUCAUUUUAGUCAAGAUUUGAAGUUUACUGAGGAUGGUGCCAGACUGGAAGCCUCUCGGAUCCUUGGUUUUAUGAAGGGUAUCAUUAGCUCCACCUUUCAUAAAAACGCCAUGCUCACACUCCGUGAAGAUAUCACAGAAAAAUCGGAACUUGAUGCCUUUCCUAUCAACCGAUUUUUCAUAUACUUUGAGCAGUACGCCAUUACCACCAGAGAAACUGUAAGGAAUCUACUUAUCGCAGCCUUAGCGGUGCUAGUUGUCACAAGCCCCUUUCUGAUGGAUUGUACCGUGACUUUCCUUGUGGUGUUGAACUUUGCAGCCCUGAUAUGCGAGUUAUUUGGUUUAAUGGUCAUCUGGAAUGUUUCGCUGAAUUCUGUAACUAUGAUCAUCCUCGUUAUGGCCAUUGGAUUUGCAGUCGACUACAGUGCCCACAUCGCACAUGCAUACAUAACGUCAAACGAAGCUACAGCUAAUGGACGAGUAGUGCAUGCAUUGAGUACAUUAGGAGCUAGUGUGUUCAUGGGAGGAUUCAGUACCUUCCUUGGCAUGGUCGUUCUUGCAUUUGCCGCAUCGGAGAUCUUCCGAAUAUUCUUCAAAAUGUUCUUCGGCAUUGUCGUACUCGGUCUUCUUCACGGCCUGUGCAUCCUGCCAGUUUAUCUGUCCUUGCUGUGGUGGAGACCGUCUGUUAUUAUCAGAUCCCCCUCACUAGGGGGCGCCUCUGGGAAACUUGGCAGUGGAGACGUCAGAGUGGAAGAGAUCGACGUGACAGAAAACAAAGUUCAGCACGAAAAUAGAAGAGAGAAAACCACUUUGAUAGGUAAAAAUGAAGCCAGCCACGGAGAAGAACAAGAAACAGACACCGCGCAAGGCCUAUUGAAGGAUUCUGUCGAAGCAUUCGUUGAUAAAUGGGCACUAACAAGGGUUCCUGAUCCUGAAAGGGAAACAAACGUCUAGAGGAGGCACCUAAGACUAUUUGGGUAACGCUGCUCAGUAUUCCACUAAACGUCCGUUGAAACUGCUGACUUAGCUGACUAAGCUAACUUAUUGACGUUUAAUCUCACAGAGAUAUUUCCAAUUCAGAGAUGAAAUCGGGACAAUCAGUAGCACACGGGCAACUGAAAACCAUUUUGAUCCCGGAGCUUUUAAACUAAGUGUUAUAAAAGCAAAACUAAAAUAAACAAAUCGAUAAUUCAAAACUUAAGUAUCCAAAAGAACCCAAAAAACCGCUUCUAGAGCGGGAGAAAAAGUGUGACUUAAUCGCAAUUGUUUUAAGGCUUGUGCCUGAUUGGUUGAGGUGACAGCGUGAGUUUUGUGGGCCAUUCCCGAUGAACAAAAAAACUAAAACAGUGAAAACUCUACUCCCAAUAGUAAAUAACUUCUGCCUUGGAGAAAAGUGAGCGAUUUUAUUUUACUUCGCUUCACAAAGCUCGAAAAGUAUUUAUAAAAAAGGAAUUUAAAAGACAUUUAUCACAUUAUUGUAUGUAAUGAAUACCCAAGGAGUAAUGUGUGGAUCAGUAUCAGUAUCUGGGUAACUGCCCACCUACCCCUCCCCUAACCCAACAUUAACCUUAACUUGUUGUCAAUUGACUGUUGUUGAGUUAGAGGAGGGGUAGGUGGGCAGUUGGCAAGAUACUGAUAUUGAUCCUAAUGUGUUAAAAAGAGUAACACACCUUUCAAAUUUUGAAAAUAUUCCGGUUAAAACCUCAUUACUUCAUUUCAUUACGCGGUACCGUUCUGUUUAUAGUUGGCACUAGUUCCAAUUUAUGAAGCGAAUAUUUUUCCUGCAUUACUAUAAGAUAAAUCAUUGGUAUCAGUAAAAAUUUCGAAAUAAGUUUUUUUUUUAACUCGUGUAAUUUGUAUUCCAAUAAAAGCGUGCUACUUAA